UUGUAAUGGGCUCUUCAAUGGCCUCACUUCUUGUUGCAAUCUUAAUUGUAUUUCUAACCUUCCCAUCAUCCAUUUCUGGAGACUAUGGUUACUAUUUCUCUCCACAGCCACCACCUUUGUUGAUUUACUAUACACCUUUACCACCUAUUUAUAAAUCUUCUCCCCCUCUUUUAUCCUUUUACUCUCCUCCUCCACCACUACUAUAUCCAUCUUCUCCUCCACCUGUAUAUAAAUUUUCUCCACCACCAGUUUAUCCAUAUCCUCCAUAUUCGGUUUAUAAAUCUCCUCCACCACCAACCUACCCCUCCCCACCACCCCCUGUCUAUAAAUCUCCUCCACCACCUGUUUAUUCCUCUCCUUCACCUCCUGUGUAUCACACUCCUCCUCCACCAAUCUACUCAUCUCCUCCACCUCCUGUUUAUAAAUCUCCUCCACCACCUGUUUAUUUCUCUCCUCCACCUCCGGUGUACCACUCUCCUCUUCCACCAGUCUACUCAUCUCCUCCACCUCCUGUUUAUAAAUCUCCUCCACCACCUAUUUAUUCCUCUCCUCCACCUCCGGUGCAUGAUCACUCUCCUCCUCCACCAGUCUACUCAUCUCCUCCACCUCCUGUUUAUAAAUCUCCUCCACCACCUAUUUAUUCCUCUCCUCCACCUCCGGUGCAUGAUCACUCUCCUCCUCCACCAGUCUACUCAUCUCCUCCACCUCCUGUUUAUAAAUCUCCUCCACCACCUAUUUAUUCCUCUCCUCCACCUCCGGUGCAUGAUCACUCUCCUCCUCCACCAGUCUACUCAUCUCCUCCACCUCCUAUUUAUAAAUCUCCUCCACCACCUGUUUAUUCCCCUCCUCCACCUCCUCUGAUGUGCCACUUUCCCCCUCCACUAGUCUACUCAUCUCCUCCACCUCCUGUUUAUAAAUCUCCUCCACUACCUAUUUAUUCCUCUCCUCCACCUCUGGUGUACCACUCUCCUCCUCCACCAGUCUACUCAUCUCCUCCACCUCCUGUUUAUUAAUCUCCUCCACCGCCAAUGUACUCCUCCUCCUUCUCCCCCAGAUUACUCAUCUCCUCCACCUUCAAUUAUACUUAUAAAUCUCCUCCACCACCUAUUUACCCCUUGCCUCUACUGUCUGUUUACAACUCUCCUCCACUGCCCAUCUACCCCUUUCCUCCAUCAUCUGUUUACUACUCUCCUUCACUAUCUAUUUACUACUCACCUCCACCAUACGUUUAUCCAUCUCAUUUAUAAAUCUCCAUUGUCGCUUAUUUAUCUCUCUUCGUCCUCCUGCGUACUACUCUCCUCCUCCACCACUUGUCUAUCCCUCUCUUUCACCCCUGGUCUACAAAUCUCCUCCACUACUAGUGUACCCCUCUCCUCCUCCUCCCAUAUAUAAAUCUCCUCCACCACUAGUUUACCCCUCUCCUCCACCUUCGGUUUAUAAAUCUCCCCUACCACUAGUGUACCCUUCUCCUCCACCCUCUAUCUAUAAAUAUCCUCCACCUCUAGUCCAUUACUAUCUUCCUCCACCAGUAUACUACUCUCCAGCACCAACAAAAUAUAUGUAAAAGUCAUCUCCUCCUCCACCUUCAUACUUUUAGGAACAACAAGGAAGGAAUAUACAAUUUUCAAAUCAACAAGAAGGAUAGCCCCGAUGAAGAUCAUCAAUCAUUGUUAUACAAAAAAGGCUCUUUUAUUUGUUUGUUGAUAGCAUCUAUGAUAUAUCUUUAGUUGUUGCAACAUGUCUUAUUGAUCAAUAAAGUUAAUGCUUCUGUGCUUCUUGGUAAAGAAAAAUUCAAAAUUCAAAAUUUGUGUACUGUGAGACAUGUGAAUGAAAUAUAUUGCUUUAACUUUUAGUGGAUAAGUAACUGUAAAUUUAUU